AUGUUCCCCAAUGGCACCGCCUCCUCUCCUCCUUCCUCUCCUAGCCCUAGCCCCAGCAGCUGCAGCGAAGGCGGCGGCAGGGGCCCCGGGGCCGGCGCCACGGACGGCAUGGAGGAACCAGGGCGCAACGCGUCCCAGAACGGGACCUUGAGCGAGGGCCAGGGCAGCGCCAUUCUCAUCUCUUUCAUCUACUCGGUGGUGUGCCUGGUGGGGCUGUGUGGGAACUCCAUGGUCAUCUACGUGAUCCUGCGCUACGCCAAGAUGAAGACGGCCACCAACAUUUACAUCCUUAACCUGGCCAUCGCCGACGAGCUGCUCAUGCUCAGCGUGCCUUUCCUGGUCACCUCCACUCUGCUGCGCCACUGGCCCUUCGGCGCGCUGCUCUGCCGCCUCGUGCUCAGCGUGGACGCGGUCAACAUGUUCACCAGCAUCUACUGCCUGACUGUCCUCAGUGUGGACCGCUAUGUGGCUGUGGUGCACCCCAUCAAGGCGGCCCGCUACCGCCGGCCCACCGUGGCCAAGGUGGUGAACCUGGGUGUGUGGGUGCUGUCGCUGCUUGUCAUCCUACCCAUCGUGGUCUUCUCGCGCACCGCGGCCAACAGCGACGGCACUGUGGCCUGCAACAUGCUCAUGCCCGAGCCCGCCCAGCGCUGGCUGGUGGGCUUCGUGCUGUACACGUUCCUUAUGGGCUUCCUGCUGCCUGUCGGAGCCAUCUGCCUGUGCUACGUGCUCAUCAUUGCCAAGAUGCGCAUGGUGGCCCUCAAGGCCGGCUGGCAGCAGCGCAAGCGCUCGGAGCGCAAGAUCACCCUGAUGGUGAUGAUGGUGGUGAUGGUGUUCGUCAUCUGUUGGAUGCCUUUCUAUGUGGUGCAGCUGGUUAACGUGUUCGCGGAACAGGACGACGCCACGGUGAGCCAACUCUCGGUCAUCCUUGGUUACGCCAACAGCUGCGCCAACCCUAUCCUCUAUGGCUUCCUCUCGGACAACUUCAAGCGCUCUUUCCAACGCAUCCUGUGCCUCAGCUGGAUGGACAACGCCGCCGAGGAGCCUGUCGACUACUACGCCACGGCUCUCAAGAGUCGCGCCUACAGCGUGGAGGACUUCCAGCCUGAGAACCUGGAGUCCGCCGGCGUCUUCCGUAACGGCACCUGCACUUCCCGGAUCACGACGCUCUGA